GUCGAUGAAAAAUAGCUUGAUGACGGUGGAAAUGACAACUCGAUCAACGGCUCCAACUCCAGCAAGUACUUCAACUACCACCACCACAAAAGCUUCAACGACAGCUACUACAGCUGUACCUAAGGUACCACCAACAAAACCGGUGGGGCCACAGACGCCGUUUGUGGAAGAAAUAAUCACGGUACCGAGCAUAUCUGUCGAUGCACCUAAAAGUACAACGACAUCGGUACCUAACACCAUGUCGACAUUGACGACAGAAGCGGCAACUACAAUGACACCGACUACUGAAGCAUCGACUACUGCAAAGCCGACAACAACAACGUCGAAACCAAAAACUACGACGAAGAUUUCAACCGUUAGGUUUAUAUCAACAACUCCAAGAUAUACGUCGACACCAACUAGAGUACGUCCAACAACAGCUGAGCCAACGUUCUUCCCAACGUUCUUGACCACUUUCUUCCCGAACCUGUUCACUCCAGAUCCAACAACUGCUCCAAAAUAUACUACCAAAGCCACGGAGGGUUUGUCUUUUUCAGCCUCCACUCCAAUGCCAUCAACGGCAGCUGCUCCUCCGCGCAGACGAACCACCUCCAGAACCACAACAGAACCAGCGAAGAGACGCAGGGCAUCAACCACCACCACCACCACCACCACAACUACAACCACGACCACUACUCCCCCUUCCACAACCACAACAACAGAAAAAGUGGUUCAAGUGCAGUCAUCCACAAAACGAAGUGUGGAUUUGACAGACUUGAACACCAUUGCUGUAACCGCCACGCCCACGAAAAAGAAGCUUACGCCUGAGCAAAAGAGGAAUUUAGAGACUUUGAUGCAGCUUGAGAAGGAACAGGCGGCUUUGUUGCAGCAAUUGUCUUUCCUUACCACUUUGAACUUCGGUGGUAACAACAGGGGAGCUGCUUCAGCCUUGUCAAACCCCAAUCUAGUAAAUAGGCUAGCCCAGCUGACCUCAGACCACAACAAAUCCACUACUUCAUCGACAAACGCUCCAACAACGAGUAAGAUGACGACCAAACAACCUCACUCUAUUCAAGAUCAACUAGCAGCAUUAGGCGUAACCACGCCAAAGCCCAGUAGAAACACGCCAUCUUUAGAAGAUGUACUGAAACAGUACGAUCUAGAUGGUGUGGAACUGACCACUAAAGCACCAGCUCCAAAGUAUGGGACCUCCAGCGAUGCCAUUUUGGCAUCUAUAUUGAAGGAGCAGGGUAUAGCACCACCCACACCGAAGAGUCUGGCUAAACAGAUAGAACAUGCGGGUGUAUUUGACGAUACAACGACGAAGCGACCCAAGCCUCGCACACGGACCACUCCGCCUCCAAGACCGAGAGGAGGACUUCUUAACUGGCUACUCAACGCUUUUGCACCUCCUCCAUCCAGCCCACCUCCAAGAAGGAGCAAGCCCAAGCCCAAACCAACGAAACCAAAAAAGCCACCAGUGGAGCAGGAGCUGUUGGCCAACUCGCCUACCCACGUCACGCCGAUCGUGACCACUGCUCCAAAAGCACCAUCGCCAAACUCCUUGUCACAGGAUGACAUUCAAAAACUCAUAAAACAGCUAGAGGGUCUACAGAAGGAUCCGAAAGGCAAGGUAGAUCUAUCACAAGUGAAAAGUUUGCAGAACUUAAUAAACACCGACGGGCCUGGAGUAGAGGUUCGAACAAAUGGAGAACAUGGUGCCACAUCUCAUAAACCGUCCACGACGCGUCGUCCGAAAGCCCGUAAGAAGACAACUACUACAACGCCAGAACCAAUCGCUGAAGAGGACGAAGACGAUGAGGAAUUUUCCAACUCUGUUUCAACACCGAGGUCGCAGGUGCGUGGUCAUACAGUAGCUCCAUUGGGUUUCAACCCGGUACCGGGGGUUGACGAAGAUGGACCUGGAAGACUGAUACGGAGCAAUUUGCUCACGGCUGCGGUCAAUGUUACGAGAGCUAUGGCUGGCUUCCUUGGAACUGCGAUACAGGGAGCUGCCGUACGACUUAGCAGUUACUUAGCAAAUGGCUCUGCAGGUGCGGGUUCGACAGGAAGCGCCAGAGGUGGCCUCUUGACACAACUGCUAGCCAACAGACAACAUCAAACUCCUACAGACGAAUAAACUAUGUGCUUUCUUACAUACCAAAAACGGGUGCAGCUAGAGGAGCAGCCCAAGGCUUUCAGUCGCUGAUUGGCUCUGGAUCUAGACUUGCGACGACUUACGCUCAAGGAUCUUCGGCGGGUCUUGGAUGAACAGAUCGCUGCAGUUCAAGAAGUCAAAAUAUGGGCCACAGGCAAAAAAGCACUAAUCGUACAAGUUGCAUCAAAUACUGAAAGAGCUUUUGACGAAGAUUUGUACACAAAAAUGUAUUAUGCCUGUGUAGAAAUAGUAGUAAAACCUUCCAGUAAAAUACAGUUACUUCCAGGUUUUGCAGACGCCCAUAUAUAAUUAGCCAUUGUUUAAUAGGAUUAUUGUUUUUUGUAAUUUAUUUUUUAUUUUUUAGUUAGAUUCUUUGUUGUGUGAUAGUUCACAUUUUUAUAAUUGUGCUUUUUUCGGAAUUCAGGUAUUCGACGGAUUUUUCGUAAUAUAAGGUUUACUGAUGAUUUGUCAAUAUGCUAGUACAAGGCAGAAGACAAUUUUUUUUAUUUAUGUUAUUAUUAGCAUUAUAUAGAAAUUGCCAUGGCAUGCAAAGUUCCGAAAAAGGCAAAUAAAUGGUCAAAAAAUACUGUUGUUUGUUAGUAAUUGUGUAAGCCAGCUGAUGUAUAAUACUCGUACACAUAGCAUUUCAUGUACAUAUAUAGCUAUUUUUGUAAAUUAUUAUCAAUGUGAACGAUGAUAAGCCUCCUAUUGAAAUAUAUUAUAGGUCAAUGUAAAUAAAUACUGUCUCUGGAAUUUCUGUUUUAUUAAAGGCACC